CCCCGCGCCCUAGUCUCCGGGGAUGGCUCAGGGGUGGGGUGGCCAGUGAGUGGUCUCCUCCUCCGGCGGGCGCUGCGGCGGCCUCCCGAGAGUGGCGCGGGACGGCCGGGCGGGCGCGGAGCUGUCUGCACGGACUAAGAUUCCAGAUGGCAAAUUCUAUGAAUGGCAGAAAUCCUGGUGGUCGAGGAGGAAACCCCCGCAAAGGUCGAAUUUUGGGGAUUAUUGAUGCUAUUCAGGAUGCAGUUGGACCCCCCAAGCAAGCUGCAGCUGAUCGCAGGACUGUAGAGAAGACUUGGAAGCUCAUGGACAAAGUGGUAAGAUUGUGCCAAAAUCCCAAACUGCAGUUGAAAAAUAGCCCACCAUAUAUACUUGACAUUUUACCUGAUACGUAUCAGCACUUGCGACUUAUAUUGAGUAAAUAUGAUGACAACCAGAAGCUUGCUCAACUGAGUGAGAAUGAAUAUUUUAAAAUCUACAUUGAUAGUCUAAUGAAGAAGUCCAAACGAGCGAUACGGCUCUUUAAAGAAGGCAAGGAGAGGAUGUAUGAAGAACAGUCACAGGACAGACGGAAUCUCACAAAAUUGUCCCUUAUCUUCAGUCACAUGCUGGCAGAAAUUAAAGCAAUCUUUCCCAAUGGCCAGUUCCAGGGAGAUAACUUCCGGAUCACAAAAGCAGAUGCUGCUGAAUUCUGGAGGAAGUUUUUUGGAGACAAAACCAUUGUACCAUGGAAAGUCUUCAGACAGUGCCUGCAUGAGGUCCAUCAGAUUAGCUCUGGCCUGGAAGCAAUGGCUCUAAAAUCAACCAUUGAUUUAACAUGCAACGACUACAUCUCAGUUUUUGAAUUUGAUAUUUUUACCAGGCUGUUUCAGCCUUGGGGCUCUAUUUUACGGAAUUGGAAUUUCUUGGCUGUGACACAUCCAGGCUACAUGGCAUUUCUCACGUACGAUGAAGUUAAAGCGCGUCUACAGAAAUAUAGCACCAAGCCUGGAAGCUACAUUUUCCGGUUAAGCUGCACUCGGCUGGGACAGUGGGCCAUUGGCUAUGUGACUGGCGACGGCAAUAUCCUCCAGACCAUACCUCAUAACAAGCCCCUAUUCCAAGCCCUGAUUGACGGUAGCAGGGAAGGCUUUUAUCUUUAUCCUGAUGGACGAAGUUAUAACCCUGAUUUAACCGGAUUAUGUGAACCUACACCUCAUGAUCAUAUAAAAGUUACACAGGAACAGUAUGAACUGUAUUGUGAAAUGGGCUCCACCUUUCAGCUCUGUAAGAUCUGUGCAGAGAACGACAAAGACGUCAAGAUUGAGCCUUGUGGACAUCUGAUGUGCACCUCGUGCCUUACUGCGUGGCAGGAGUCCGAUGGCCAAGGCUGCCCCUUCUGUCGCUGUGAGAUAAAAGGAACUGAGCCCAUCAUCGUGGAUCCCUUUGAUCCCAGAGAUGAAGGGUCCAGGUGCUGCAGCAUCAUCGACCCUUUCAGCAUCCCCAUGCUUGACUUGGAUGAUGAUGAUGAUCGAGAGGAGUCCUUGAUGAUGAACAGGCUGGCGAGUGUUCGAAAGUGCACUGACAGGCAGAACUCACCAGUCACAUCACCAGGAUCCUCACCCCUUGCCCAGAGAAGAAAGCCUCAGCCAGACCCUCUCCAGAUCCCCCACCUCAGCCUGCCGCCAGUGCCUCCUCGCCUCGAUCUCAUUCAGAAAGGCAUCGUCCGAUCACCCUGUGGCAGUCCCACAGGCUCCCCAAAGUCUUCUCCGUGCAUGGUGAGAAAACAAGACAAACCACUCCCAGCACCCCCUCCUCCCUUAAGAGACCCUCCACCUCCACCAGAGAGGCCUCCCCCAAUCCCGCCUGAGAACAGACUAAGCAGACAUUUCCACCAUGGGGAAAGUGUGCCUUCCAGGGACCAGCCAAUGCCUCUUGAAGCCUGGUGCCCUCGGGACGCCUUUGGGACUAAUCAGGUGAUGGGAUGUCGCAUCCUAGGGGAUGGCUCUCCAAAGCCUGGAGUCACAGCAAACUCCAACUUAAAUGGAAGACACAGUAGAAUGGGCUCUGACCAGGUCCUUAUGCGGAAACACAGACGCCAUGAUCUGCCUUCAGAAGGAGCCAAGGUCUUCUCCAAUGGACACCUUACCAGUGAAGAAUAUGAUGUUCCUCCUCGGCUUUCCCCUCCUCCUCCAGCUGCCACCCUUCUCCCUAGCAUAAAGUGUACUGGUCCAUUAGCAAACUGUCUCUCAGAGAAAACAAGAGACACGGUAGAGGAAGAUGACGAUGAAUACAAGAUUCCUUCAUCCCACCCUGUUUCCCUGAAUUCACAACCAUCUCAUUGUCAUAAUGUCAAACCUCCUGUCCGGUCUUGUGAUAAUGGUCACUGUAUAUUGAAUGGAUCUCAUGGUACGCCUUCAGAGAUGAAGAAAUCAAACAUCCCAGAGUUAGGCAUCUAUGUGAAGGGAGAUGUUUUUGAUUCAGCCUCUGAUCCAGUGCCAUUACCACCUGCCAGGCCUCCACCCCGGGACAACCCAAAGCAUGGUUCUUCACUCAACAGGACGCCCUCUGAUUAUGAUCUUCUCAUCCCUCCAUUAGGUGAAGAUGCUUUUGAUGCCCUUCCUCCAUCUCUCCCUCCUCCCCCACCUCCUGCAAGACAUAGUCUCAUUGAACAUUCAAAACCUCCAGGCUCCAGUAGCCGACCUUCCUCAGGACAAGACCUUUUCCUUCUUCCUUCAGAUCCCUUUUUUGACCCUGCAAGUGGCCAAGUUCCUUUGCCUCCUGCCAGGAGAGCACCAGGAGACAGCGUCAAACCCAACCGAGCCUCCCAGGACUAUGACCAGCUCCCUUCAUCUUCGGAUGGUUCGCAAGCACCAGCUAGACCCCCCAAACCACGGCCCCGGCGGACUGCACCAGAAGUUCACCACAGAAAAUCCCAUGGGCCUGAGGCAGCAUUGGAAAAUGUUGAUGCAAAAAUUGCGAAACUCAUGGGAGAGGGGUACGCCUUUGAAGAAGUGAAAAGAGCCUUAGAGAUUGCGCAGAAUAACGUGGAGGUGGCCAGGAGCAUACUUCGAGAAUUUGCCUUCCCUCCUCCAGUCUCUCCACGGCUAAAUCUAUAGCAGCCCGAACUGCAAACACCAGCGGGUAAAAUGAUUGACAGAAUAUUCCAGGAGUAUGGACCAGAAGGACUGAGAGAGGGAAUGCAGGAGCCACAGCGUCUUUUGGCGUGGCAUCUCCAGAACAGAGGCCAGGAGUACAACUUCUCUGGAGACCACGACUCCCUUAGGAUGCCCACGCUGCAGCUUCUGUGUUUGCGCUAGCCAUACUUUUAAAUCAGGGUUGAACUGAUGAAAUAAUUUCAAGACGUUUACUCCCCUUGAACUUUGAAUCUGUGAAAUGCUUUUCCUUGUUUACACGUUGGCAGAAUUGCAGUUCGUCUCUGUUUUGGAUUCCUGUACUGUGUUCCUGACAGGCCCUUUGUAGAGUUGGUCAUGUCUGCUGUAACCUUUUCACGCCACCCCUGCUGUCCACAGCGGCAGCAGAAUCACUUCUUUGUGUUGCUCUCUCUCCAGGCCCCACCUCAAGUCCCCAGGUCCAGUUCCAUGACUCCCAUUUACACAGCACGCUAGUCUGAAGGUUCUGGUUUUCAGUGUCUCAAACUAAUGCAGAAAGAAAAAGAAAACUGUGUGUGGUCUUGUCUUCACUACUGACUCUUUUCUUUGGGAACCAUCACUGUUGAGAGGUGGGGAAAAACCUGAAUGUAUAAAGCAUUUAUUUGUCAAUAAACUGCCUUUUGUAAGGGGUUUUUAUAUGAUAUAAAAGAGCUUCCCUUGUUAGUGUAAGUUCUGUGACCUUUAGUUUUCCAUAUUCUCCCUCUUAUAGCCCCAGGAGUGCCAUGAUGCUGUAAAAGUGACUACUGCAGAUACAGGAGAAACAGGCUUGCAUGAGACAGUGCUGUAUUACAGUACCAUAAUGAGAUCCCCUGAUAUUUAUGCCUGCAUCACUUUCAGGAGAGCUGGAAAAGGUGGCUGUCACCUCGGAAUAUGUUAAUACGCCUUUAGAUAAGGUCAUGGACACACCUUUCCCAAGUGGAAUAGAGUCCAUUUUCUAUUUCAUCGAUGUCACACAGGCUCCUCCCGGUGUGCAAGCCUCCUCCUGAGGCACUGAUGACUGUUAUGUGCCACUGCUACUGUGGCUGUGGUACUUGCAAAAAUCUUAGGACCCUUUCUUCAGUCAAACUAGGAUUCCUGUUUACUCUGUGGGUUUUCUCAUUGAUUGUUCUAUGUUGCCCCAUCCAGUCACAUGAAAGACUUCAACAUAAUUCUGCCUUUUAAACAAAAUGAGUGGCUCUUCUGAAACCAUGGUAUUACUUUUAAUCUAAAAAUAUUUAUUGACCAUCUACAAUGUGCUUUGCACUCUUGGAUUUGUUUUUAAAGCACAAACUGACUCCAGCAUAUCAUUUGUAUAUAUGUGUUUGAUGGUAAAUGCCUCUAGUCUGAUGGAUGUAAGCACCAGAAAUUGAUGCUAGGGCUUCAGAACUCUGCAGAAAUGUCAGGGUUUUUUCAUCCCUAACAGUGGAAAAAAAAAAAAAAGAAUCAAAACUAUCUCCAUGCAAAAUGCUUGAACCACAUUUAGAUACUUUCUAAAGAUAGACUUAGUUGUGAGUGUAUGGAGGUUUGUACCGCUCUUUACUCCACACCCAGUGUGACACACAGAAAUGCCUCAGAUAAGGAGUCCUUCAUCCUGACUAGGGAGAAGAGGGACCGUUGUAUAAAUCUGGUGGAGUUGGUGUUGUAAAAAAACUCAUGCACGAAGCCAUGUUUGCCCAGGAAGGGGAUCAGCACAUUCCUUUACAGGCCAGCUUUCAUAGGAUAAGACAGGACUUGAGGAUUCAUAGUCUUUGCCUAUUUUAGAUUUGUUUAGAUGGUCCUAUGCUGCUUCUGCCCCCAGAGGGGUAUUUUUUAAAUUUCCUUAGAUGCUAUUCCUGUAAAGACAUGUGAAUACAGUUCUUUUUUAUAUACUUUUUACAAUUGGCUGUUUGUUGUUUAUUAUCUGCCCAUAAUUUUUUUUACUUGUUUUUAUUGGUUCUGAUGUCAUAUUGGGACAAUGCUGUGUAUUUUGGGCUUUGUGUAACUUGCCAACAGUCGGCAUAGCCGAAAACCCAAAGUUGCCCCUUUGUUGUCCUAACGUUGUUAGAACAUCCUUAACAGAUUAGGGAGUGAUGUAAGACAGGAAUGCUGGAAGCCACAGCAGAUUCUCAUGCACUUCUUAGGUAAUACAUGAGAUUUUCAUCAAAAAUUUAAAAGUGAAAGAUGUGAUGACACCGUUUAUUUGAACCUGAGGUCUAGGAAGAAAAACAUAGUUUUCUGAAUUGUACGAAGACCUCUGCAUCUUCCACUCUGGCGGCUGCCAAUUUUGUCAUUAAAGUGAAUCUAAUGAGUCAUACAUAAGAGACAGAAACCAUGAAACUCACAGAAUUGGUUUGAAGACAUAAUACAAACUAAUUUUCAUUAUGAAACUAUUAGUUAAUACUUUGAAGUGAUCCAGACUUUGUUCCCGCCGAUCCAGAAAGUUAGAUUUUCUUCCCAAUGCUCAAGAUUUGAUAAUAAAAUUACCCUUAAGCCAGUCCUUAGUAUGGCUUUAGUAUACAAUUAAAAUAGAUCAUGGCCAAUUUUAGCCCCUAUCUACAAAUUGCUCUGGGUAUUAAGGACUUGGGAUCCAUCUCCAACAGUAUUCUGGUAAUUGUAUUUCCAGAAUUCGGGGAGGUUAUUUGGGUGGUGGUGUUGUUUUGGUUUGGUUUUUUGUUUUUCCUUUUUUUUUUUUUCUCCUGAUCUAUUGGUAUCAGAUAUAUCACAGCCAAAUUUUCUAGAACCAAAUCCAGCCAUUUUAAUGUUAAACAUGAACUUGCUCCCACAAUUAUAAUUGUUAGCCCGUCCUACUUUGCCCUGCGCACAGUGCAACAGAGCCCGAAUUACAACCUCGGAAGGUCUGUUUGCUGACUCAGCAUUUCUCACACAGGGACACCUGCAAAGAAUUCUUCAUAAUGUGAACUCCUUCAUUGUUCAGUUCCAGAAGUAUUUUCUGCAUUUUGAACGUGACUUUGCCUCUUGGAUUUUCAACUUGAAGCUUUAGUUUGCACUGAAUUAUCUCAUCUGGUUUUAAAAUGUUUCAAAUGGACUGAUUUGAAAGUAAAAUACGGUAUAUUUUAAAUAUUAAUGCAGGUACUGCCUGUAAACCUGGAAUGUUAGAGCUUCGAGGAAGAGGUUCCGGAAAAAGAGCAAUAGAAAGAAAGGUUUUCUUCCCAAUUCCCAUUUUUAUUGUUUUGAAAUGCAGUUUUUAAACUUGUCUAAUGUGGCAAAUAGUUAUGUGUUCAAUUAAUUUAUAUUUUAUUCAUUCUUUUUUUUCAAUUCUGGAUAUGUAACCUCAAGUACUUUAUCUGUUCUUUUAAGGUAUUUUAUAAAAAUUAAUGUUAACAAGUGGA